AUGGCCCUUUUGUGCCUUGUCCUGUGUUCCCUGGUCUCCUGGCCAAAGCCUCGCUUUGGGCAGCACAGCAGCAGGAGCAAGCAUCCUCCAUCCUUGGACCUGGCUGUCAUGGUCCCUGCACUUGAGGACAGCAGCCAGGGAGGCAGGUUUCCUCAGCACCAGGUGGCCCUGGUAUCAGCAGUGACUCACUUCUCCUGGCUGCAACAGCCAGAAAGUGCAAGACCACUGGAGGUGUCCUCCCGAAGGCCUCAGAGGACCCCAGCCCAGCCCAUGAAAAAUAACAGCUCAGCCAGGUGCCUUCUUGCAGAGCUGGCUGGCAGCAUCUUGUCAGGGGUGUCACCCCCCUCACAGCCGAGCACCAUCACACUGGAGGACCUGGAGCUCCUCCUGACUGAAGGCCUGGCCAGCCCUGAUCCCUUGAGUCUGGGGACCUCCGAGAGGUAUGAGUCCAGUGGCCUGGCAUCCAGUUCCUCUGUCCCCGAGCAGGAUAAUUCCAAGUGCCAGAAGCAACUGGAGCAGCGGGUGGCCGACCUGCAGGCCGAGGUGACAUGCCUGCGAGGACAUAAGGAGCGCUGUGAGCACGCCACGCUGGGCCUGCUGCGGGAGCUGUUGCAGGUGCGUGCUCGCGUGCAGCUGCAGGCCUCGGAGCUCCGGCAGCUGAGGCAGGAAGUGCAACAGUUGGCCCGGGCUUCCGAGGAGCCACUGGAGUUCCCUAGGCCACAGAACCAAAACCAGAUGCAGUCCCUGGAUAAAAGGCUGGUGGAGGUCCGGGAAGCCUUGACCCAAAUCAGGAAGACCCAGGCGCUGCAGGACUCGGAGCGGAAGGGCACUGAACAGGAGGCAAACCUAAGGCUGACCAAGCUGACAGGCUUGCUGAGACAAGAGGAGCAGGGCCGGGAAGCGGCCUGCAGUGCCCUGCAGAAGAGCCAGGAGGACACCAGCCAGAAGGUGGACCAUGAGGUGGCCAAGAUGCAGGCCCAAGUGACCAAGCUUGGCGAGGAGAUGAGCCUCCGGUUCCUGAAGAGGGAGGCCAAGCUGUGCAGCUUCCUGCAGAAGAGCUUCCUGGUCCUGGAGCAGAGGAUGAAAGCUUUGGAGAGUAUGCGGCUGAGGGCAGAGGGCAGUCUGCGGGAGGAGCUGGAUGGCCGCUGGCAGAAGCUGAAGGAGCUGACUGAGGAGCGCAUGCGAACCCUCUGGGCACAACACGAGGGGGAGGAGGACCACCUAUUGGAGCAGUGCCGGGGUUUGGAUGCAGCCGUGGUCCAGCUGACCAAGUUCGUGCGGCAGAACCAGGUGUCACUGAACCGUGUCCUGCUGGCUGAACAGAAGGCCCGGGAGGCCAAGGUGAGCUUGGAGGAGAGCCAGGCUGGGGAGCUGGCCUCGUACGUGCAGGAGAAUCUGGAAGCUGUGCAGCUGGCUGGCAAGCUGGCUCAGCAGAAGACGCAAGGCACACUGGAGAUGCUCCUAGAGAAGAGCCAGUCCCUUGAAGGUUUGGUGGCUGAGCUGGCUCGGCAGCUGCAGGACCUGAGUGACCACUGCCUGGCCCUGAGCUGGAGACUGGACCUGCAGGAGCAGACACUUGGCCUAAAGCUGUCCCAGGCAAAGACUGAGUGGGAAGGUACAGAGAGGAAGUCCUUGGAGGACCUGGCCAGGUUGCUAAAGGAGAUUGCAACCCAGCUGCGGACAGUGCAGGAGAAGGUGGACAGCCUUCCCCGGCAGAUAGAAGGUGUUUCAGACAAGUGCAUCCUCCGCAAGAGCGAUGCGGACCUGAAGAUCUCAGCUGAAAGCAAGGCUAGAGAGUUCGCUGUUGGUGCCAUGAAGCAGGAGCUGACCACCCUGCUGUCAUCUGUGCAGCUGCUGAAGGAGGACAACCCCGGGCGGAAGAUUGCCGAGAUCCAGGGCAAACUGGCCACGUUUCAGAAGCAAAUUAUAAAAUUGGAAAAUAACAUCCAAGCCAACAAGACCAUCCAGAACCUGAAGUUUAAUACAGAGACCAAGCUGCGCACAGAGGAGAUCGCGACCCUAAGGGAGAGUGUGCUGCGCCUGUGGAGCGAGGAGGGCCCCUGGCCGCUGACGCUGGGCAGCAAGCGGGUGCUGAUGUCCCUGGUGAGGCAGCGGUUCUUUGUCAAGGGCGUGGCCCCUGGAGAGCUGAUUCCUGUCAACUGCUGGGGUGUUUAUCAGGCUGUGAGGUGGCUGCAGUGGAAAGCUGUCUUCAUGAAUCUGGUGGCCCGGCGGAGGCCCAGUGUCAUCUCCCACCUAGAGUCUGCACCCCAGCUUGCAUCUCUGACCCCUUCCCAGAAAUAAACAUGCUAACUCUUGUGCCUGUGAAGCCAGAGUCCUCCCCGGGCCCUGUGGGGCUGACAAGGGGAUAGAGCAGUAAGAGGAGCCAAAACCAAAGGC